AAGGGAUUGGCCGAUGAGAAACGCUCUGAGAGUCGCCUCUUCCCUGCUCUUUUCUCUGGACGGUUCAGACGCUCCGGUUGGUUAACCCUGGUCGUCGGCGACCAGAUACCAAAGGUAGACAGGUCGGAGGUCGAGCAUGAUGAUUUCCGCUUCCGGUGGGCAAAGGGCAAGAGGAAUGUAAACACGGGGCCCGGAGAGAGGUUAUCAGGUAACUGGGGCUACCCAUUCCGUGGUGAAAACGGGAAGAGGAACAGGAAAAGGAGGCGAGAGGGUCUUGUGGUUAAGGGGAACAGGAGCUUCACAAGUUGGAGGUGAGACUCUACGGGGCUGUGGCAAAGCCGGGACACUAAGAAUGGCUUCCUUUGGAUGGAAGAGGAAAAUUGGUGAGAAGGUCUCAAAGCUCACUUCCCAGCAGUUUGAAGCUGAAGCUGCUGAUGAAAAGGAUGUAACUGAGAAUGAUGAAGGGAACUGGCUUCAUGCCGUUAAACGUAGGAAAGAAAUUCUCCUUGAAGACUGUGCUGAGAAAAGUAAACAACUGAAGGAUGAAGGAGCCAAUUUGGCUGAAAAUAAAAGGUAUCGAGAGGCUAUUCAGAAGUGGGAUGAAGCACUACAGUUAACCCCCAAUGAUGCUAGCCUGUAUGAGAUGAAAUCACAGGUCCUAAUGUCUCUUCAUGAAAUGUUCCCUGCCGUUCAUGCAGCAGAAAUGGCUGUCCAGAGAAAUCCACAUUCGUGGGAGUCUUGGCAAACUUUGGGACGUGCACAGCUGGGAUUAGGAGAGAUAGUCUUGGCAAUUCGAAGCUUUCAGGUAGCCCUUCACAUCUAUCCAAUGAACCCUGAAAUAUGGAAAGAAGACCUUUCUUGGGCAAGAACGCUCCAGGAGCAGCAGAAGGCAGCCCAGAGGAUUAAAAAAAGCGAAGCACCAGCGGAAGUAACACAUAUCUCACCAAAGUCAAUUCCUGACUAUGACUUUGAAAGUGAUGAGAUUGUUGCUGUUUGUGCAGCUAUUGCUGAAAAACAGAAGACAGUUUCAGCAAAUAAAACAAUGGUUAUUGUGUCAGCUUCUGGAACUGUAGAGACUGUAACUGAGAAGGAAGAUGGUGCUGCACCACCAGAUGGCUCUGUUUUUAUCAAAGCCCGAUGAAGCAUUACAGGAAUUAUCUGAAUCUGUCUUUUUUGAUUGCCACUUAAAGGUUUAGGCGUAGGGGGCAUUUACUCUUGAGAAACAGGGCAAAACUCCUGUUUGUAAAAUAAGUUUUUCAGAUGAGACAUAUAAAAACUAAAUGGUAGAAUUAUUAUAUAGUGUUUGGACUAUGCUUCGAUAAGUUAUGAUUUAAACUUCUUAAGAUUAGAAUUCUGAGUACAAUGAUUUUUGAUUAAUAAACUUAAUCCAGAUAUAUAAAUGAAUACAUUUUAAAGACACAACUUGAAAAGUGAAUAACUUGAUGGCCAAUGUUAUUAAAGUGUUGAUUGUUGACUUCUGUUUUAUGAUAAAGGAGGUAGGUGAUUUCUUUCCCUCCUAAAAAUAUACUGCUGUUACUAUUCACUCUUCUAUUUUUCUUGUUUCAUUAGAGUAAAUCUGUCACAAAGCUUGAAUAUUUUUGACAUUCAUUGUGAUUCAAAGUUGUCAUUUGGUUGUAUGUAGAUUCUUUGAAAGUUGGGCUGGAAAUGCAUGCAAAUGUGUACAUUCUGAAUAUUUCCUGUAGUUUCUCUUAAUUUUGAUUUGUGCUUAUGUUUGACUUUAAAAUUAUUAUAACCAUGGUAGUUGUUGCCCUCAGUAUUUAUUGGAUGUGUGUGAAAUGCUAACAAGUAUAAGAAUGAUGGUUUUAAUUUUUAAUUGUUAAAGUAGAUAGUCCUUACCACAAGUGAGUCACUUUUAAGAUGUGCUUUUUAAAAAAAUGAAUGGCUCUUAUAGCUACAUCAUAAAUUGUACUGCAGUGUUGUCCCAGUCAAAAGCAGUAUUUUUCUUUAUUUUUAAAAGCUUAGAAACCUUGAAAAUAACUUACCUUUUACUUCUAACUUUCCAGCUGAUGGUUUGGAAGUUCUUUUCUAGAUAACUUGUUUGGAACUACUCAGUGAAAUGAGACAUAAUCACAAUUUUAAAUAGCUAAAUUAUAUCUUUCUAAAAAUAAAAGUAGGGAUGUUAUUAUUAGAGUGCCAGUGAGUGAAUAACUUAGGCACAAUAUACAUGAAAACUGAAAUGUGAUUUAUAGUAUGAUCCCAUGAGUAGAGAAGGAUAUAUUGAAGAAAUAGUUCUUUGAAACACUAUAAUUACAUCCACAAAUCAAUACUGUCAUUGCAAAUGUGAAUUAUUAUUUUUAUACUGCAUAUAUUGUAGUAUAAUAUGGAACUACUGGGUACUGUUACUUCUGAUACUCAGGAAGCUAUUAUUGGUAUAAAAUUAAUUUUAUCCUUUAGUAAGUUACUUUAUUUUAAGGAAUCUUAUCCUCUUGGAGCAUACAAAUAAUGGUCUACAUUUUUCUGAGAUGAUUUUUAAAAUAUUUCUUUUAGUGGAAUGUUUACCUCUUUUUUUCAGAGUCAGAGAAGUCAGCACUUGCCUUGAAAAGUAUUAUAUUUCCCCCCAAAGUUAUGUUAGAAAGUCAGAUCUGGUUAGAGAGGUUAGUUUUAGAAUGAUCCAAAAAACCAAAUAUUAAUUAUAUUUUAUUUUAAUAAGAAAUCAUCUCAAAGGGGAGAUAGUUGGGUAUCUAGAGAAGUGAGCACUUAUCAUUUGGUGUGUUGUUUUGAGUAGUGGGUAUUUGUUUAUUGUGUAAGUUGUGAAUAGUUUGCUGUAUUAAAGAUUUGCUUGUUUUGUAUUGUUAGCUUUUAAAAAAUUAGAUUGAUUCAUUAAUGUUUUUCUUAUGUGAAAAUAAAAUAUGUAAAGCACCUUGUAUGGUGUCUCACAUAUGAAGUACUCAGUAAAUGCUCACUUUUUCUAUGAAGAACUUGAAUUAGUGUGGAGAUAUUUAACCACAAUUUCUUCUGACUGUAAGAAAGGAGAACUUUCUUUGUAACCUUUUCCUUAUCUGAAAGUCAGAAGUCAUUGCUUCUGAUAUUAUAGGACAGAUGGUUUAUCAGUUGGGGAUUCUUCUUGGUAUAAGGUCUGUGCCUCAACCCCAAAGAGGUAGGACCCAGGAUGGGUAGCCACUAGGUUCUGUUUAAGAAUCCAGCGUUUCCUCUUGUUGACAUUGGUAGGCCAGGUUCUUCUCUUCCUUAUCACACGUAUGACCUAAGAUGGUUUACACAUAAGAUGGAGGAGAAGAAGAAAUGGUGAGUUAUGGAGAAGGAAGGCAGCUCAUUUCUCUAGGCUGCGCAGAAUGCUUAGCUAACACUCUUCUGUGCAUGAAGAGAAAAAGAUGUACAUUAUUUUGUAAGGAUGUGAACAGUGAUAUACUGACAUUCACUAAGCUUGUUAACGGUAAUAAAUUCUUUUGAAUCUGAAAGCAAAAUAAUUGAUGUUUGUGACAAUAAUAUGAUUAAAGAUGUUUAAUAUACUUUAUGAAACAAUACUAAACACCAAAAGUAUACUGUAUAAAUUUGUAUUUUUCUUGUUUCAAAAUUGUGUAGCAUAGACACUCAUUAGCCAGAACACUACACAUGCAGACCAUGCCUGAUAAUUUAAGAAUCAUAUAUUAUUCUCUAGAUAACAGGUUCUUAGAUUAUAGAGUAUUUAUCUUAAAUGUGCUAACAAAUACUACAUAAACAUGAAAAGUCAUGCAUGGUAUAGAUAACAGAACUUAAAUCUACUGCAAUUGGGGCCUUUGUACAAAAUUUUAUGAUAGUAGCUUAAAUAUGAAAACCUUUUAAGUUGAUGUUACAUGGCAAAUCUAUAACGAAGACUUCAGUAAAAAGCUUUGUCACGAAAGGUGGAGUUUCCAUGAUUAUAACUGAUCAAUAUAGCCUUUUUAGUUUGAAAAUUAUGCUUUAUGUAAUGACGUCAAAAGCUUGUUUCAUUGCCCUCCCCAGCAGUAGGAAAUUGUCAAUCAUUUCUUUAAUUUCAGGCUUCGUGAGUCAGUGCUUCUAAAUUGACUCUGGACUUUGAUUUCAUGGCAUAAUAUAUCUAAAUGACUUGUGAAGUUGACACAGGAGCCGUAGUUUCAUAAUUAUCUUCAAAUCAAUGGUGACAUUAAAUGUGGUUUUUUUGAGAGAUUUCUAUUAAACUGAUGGUAUAUUUUGUAAUUGAUGGCAUUUUAGGAUUGAGAAAGUAAUGUUUUUGUUUUUUUUAACCAGUAAUAAAAUACAGAAAUUUGUAAAUGGUUUACUCAUUACCAAAAUGAAUUGAAAUAUGUCACUUUUGUCAUUUGCAAUUAAAUUAUGUCCACUUGAAUGGAAGAGAAGGAGUGGCCCCAUAGCUAGUGUACCAUGAAUUGUGCCUUAAUGUGUGCUGUGUGUGAACUUCACCUGUUUUAUGUGCCAAGGUGGAAAAAGGGUUGAGAAAUGUUGACCUAUACUUUGUUGGGAAGGCCGAGGGUGGAGAUGGCUUCCUUUCGUAGUGCUUGUUUGCACAUGCAUUAACCAAGGAACCCUAACCUCUCCUUUUCUUCCCCCCUCCCCCGCUCCUCAGGAGAAGGAAUUGAGGAUAGAUAACUGGACAUAAAAGCUCUUUUUCCCCUUCUUUUGGAUUUGUCAUACCUGCAGAGAGCCUAUGAAGGCCCUACCUCUGCAAGGGAAGACCCGUGGUUGUGCAGGACUGCCCAUGCCUGGUGAGCAGGUCGAAUUCUUGGUUUGAUAUUAGGUGGCCAUGUUUGGCACAAAGCUGUAUUACAUCCUCUAACCUAGACUUCUUCGGCAAUAAAUCUGAUGUAUGGAAUUCCUAUCUGCCUACUCUUUGUCUCAAGUGGCUCAGAAGUCGGGACAAGGGGUAUUGUAAUGACGCCCUCUAACCCUAAUAGAGAUUAGUGCAGGUUAUACUUCAAAGUAAGCAUGAGACAAAAACCAAAUUGGGAAAUUGUUUUUAUAAGUUUAGAUUUUUUUUAAACCGUGGAAAUUUGUUCCAGAUAUUUAAAAGGCAUACUGACGUAGGAAUGUGAGAGACCACAGUAUUGACUUGUAGAUUUAAUUGGAAGGAAAGAAUAUGAAUUGAACCAUGAUAGCCUCCGUCCACCCUGUUAACUUUCUUAAAGUAUAAUUUACAUAUAAUAAAUGCAUCCGUUAUAAGCUCUUAGUUUGAGGAGUUUAGACAAAUGUAAACAGCUAUUCAAUCACCAUUACCAUCAAGAGGUAGAAUAUUUCCACCACCCAAAAAAGUUCUCUAAUGCUCAUUUGCACUCCAACAAGCAGUGCUGUUAGAUUACUGAUCUGCUUUCUGUGUCUAUAAAUUAUAUUUGACUUUACUGGAAUUUCAAAUAAAGAGAUCAUAUGAUACCUACUGUGUGUCUGACGUUUGUUGCUCAGCAUACUACUUUUGAAACCCAUCCUUGUUGAGAGAUUCUUCCAGUUAUUGUGCAUAUCAGUAAUAUGUUCAUUUUUAUUGCUAAGCAUGAUUCUGUUGUAUGGAUUUACCACAACUUGUAGCUUUUCAUAUCUGUUGGACAUCUAGGUUGUUGAUGAAUAUCUUAACAUUUGGUCUAUUAUGAAUAAAGCCGUUAUGUAUAAUAUA